CGUCAUCGGCGAAACGCGCGGCAAGAAUCUAACCUUCAAGUUGUUCAAACGGUUCGAGAAAGCUCGGAGCCGGUGUUUUUACGCGACACGAUGACGUCCAGCAACGAACAGCUCGUGAAUUUACCAUGGGUCGAAAAAUAUCGUCCCAAGAGCUUGGACGAUCUCAUCUCCCACGAGACAAUAAUAAAGACGAUAAACAAAUACAUCGACGAGAAUCAAUUGCCGCAUCUUCUCCUGUAUGGGCCACCUGGGACAGGGAAGACCAGCACCAUACUGGCGUGUGCUCGUAAACUUUAUACUCCGGCUCAGUUUAAUUCAAUGGUGCUAGAAUUGAAUGCUUCUGAUGACAGAGGCAUAGGUAUCGUGCGAGGCCAGAUUCUGAGUUUUGCCAGUACUGGAACCAUGUACAAAUCCAAGUUUAAAUUAAUUAUCCUGGACGAGGCCGACGCUAUGACGAUCGACGCUCAGAACGCACUCAGAAGAAUCAUUGAGAAGUAUACGGAUAAUGUGCGUUUCUGUAUUAUAUGCAACUACCUCAGCAAGAUCAUCCCAGCAUUGCAGUCGCGUUGCACCAGGUUUAGAUUCCUGCCUCUUGCGGCGGAGCAAAUUGUGCCAAGACUGAAUCACGUCAUUGAAGCAGAGAACUUAAAAGUUACGGAGGAUGGAAAAGAAGCACUAAUGACAUUGAGCGGCGGCGAUAUGAGGAAGGUGAUAAGUGUGCUUCAAAGUACAUGGUUCGCUUACGGUAAGGUGAACCAGGAGAAUGUAUAUAAUUGCGUUGGACAUCCGUUACCAAGGGACAUAAAUAAUAUUGUAAACUGGCUGCUAAACGAUUCUUACGACACAUGUUAUAGGAAGAUUCAAGAGCUAAAAUUGAAUAAGGGACUUGCGCUGCAAGACAUAUUGACAGAAAUUCACGCGUGCGUAGUUAAAAUUGAUUUUCCCGAUCCGAUAUUUAUUGAUUUACUGUGCAGAAUGGCAGAGAUAGAGAAAAGACUGGCUUCUGGAUGUCGCGAUGCUAUUCAAGUAAAUUCUCUCAUAUCUGCAUUUUACAAAGUUCGUGAUAUUGAAACGUGAUAUCGCUUUUCAAUAUCGCUCGGGAUAAUUGAAGAAUAUCUUAUUUUGUAAAUACUGAGUAUUCUUCCUCAAGAUAUAACCUGUUAUUUGUCACGUAUUUAUACACAUUACAUUGGUAGCACAUAAAUCACAACAUGUGAAAAACAUUUUUACUGUUUUUGAAAGAAAAUAAAUAAAUUUUUAAGCAUC